AUGUUCUUGUUUCAGGUUGCGACACGACCUUGGAGCCCGGAUCAGGGCAAGACGCGAGAGAUGACCAAGCUGUGCAACCAUAAGAGGAAACUUUUGCUGCCAAGUACGGCAGCCGACAGUCCUGUUGCAUCCUGCACACCGACAGUCUCCUCCUCAGCUUUAUCCGCUGGCCCGGUUGCAACUGCGAUUCACGUAAACGCAGACUCGCCCACCUCGCCGGACAAAGCCAGGAAAGAUGGUCUCACCAAGAAAAAGAAGAGAAAAAUAGGGGGGAUAGGGAACAUUUUUUCUGGAGUCUCGGUCUCACAACUUAUGGCACAACGCGAAAGGGCUAUUGUUGCGGCAUCUGGAGUGCAAGGAUCACCAGUGCCAAAUGGAUCGCAGGUGUGGCCAAUUGCGAUUCCUAAUUUGCAAGUUCAGCAAAACAGUCAGCCAAUCUGUCAUCAGACAUUAAACUCACCCUCGCAGAAUCAAGACGUAAACGGCUGUGCAACGAGAAAUCCUCAGCAAAGGUUAGGUCAGCAUAAUAUGUCGGGGAUGCUAAUGGGAAAUUCGCUGAUCAUGAAUCAGCAGGGUGCUAAUUUUAACAACAUGACGCAACAGCAGCAACAGCUGCUGCAACAGCAACAUCAACAGCUUAUUUUACAACAGCAGCAACAACAACAACAGCAACAACAGCUUAUGCAACAGCAUAUAUCUCAGCAGCAGCCGCAACCACAACAACAGCAGCCGCAGCAGUUGCUGCCGCAUCAUCAGCAAAUGCAACACAUGCAGAUUUUACAGCAGCACGAACAGCAACAGCAUCAGAAUGCUGUUGUGAAUCAGAUAACGCAACAGCAAGCUUCGCAUUAUCUGAAUCAAUUGAACCAGCAACCGUUGCACGUGAUGCAACAGCAGGAGCACAUAAAUCAUCAGCAACAACAGCAACAACAGCAGCAGUUGCAUAUGCAGCAGAUGCAGAAGCAUAAGAUGCAGCAGCAGCAACAACAACCGCAACAGCAUUUAACGCAAGAGGUUGAUCCGCAAUCGGGCAACUAUAAUCCUCAAAAUCCAUCGGAAAAUUACGUGCAUCACAUGCAGCCCUCGCAAAUACCGGCUCAAACGACUCUUCAUCCCCAGCUGCAUCAAAUUCAUCAGCACCAGAUGCAGCAACAAACGCAGCAGCAUCAACCUAAUCAGCACGUGAUGCAGGCACAACCAGCUGAUCAUUUCCAAAUGCAGAUACAACAGCUACAGCAGCAGCAACAGCAACAACAGCAGCAGCAGCAGCAGCAACAACAUCAACAGCAACAAGUACCUCAAGUGUGUGUGCAACCGCAGUAUCCUACUCAGCAGUUGAAUCAUCAUGCGAUGGACGUGAUACAACAACAAAAUCCGGGUUCGGUGAUGAAUACUGCUGAAAUACAAAAUAGACAUAAUCGUACACCUUCUGUGACCGAUGAGGAUCUGAAUGCGAAACAAAUGCAACAGCAACAGCAACAACAGCAGCAGCAGCAACAACAACAGCAGCAGCAGCAACAGCUUUUGUUACACAACCAUACGAUACAACGACACCAUGUUGUGCAAAAUGGUAACUUGGUGAACAAUUCACACGAGAAUAUGCAACGAAUGUAUACUCAGAAUCAGGUUCAGUUCUCUGUGAGAAAUUUCGAUGCCUCGAAAGGAACUGUCGCCGAUGUGAAACACCAGCAACAGUACGCCCUCUCUAAUUUAGCGGGAAGAAGCCCGAAUACCAAUCAUACCGUUGAAGCGCAAUCUGGAAUGGGACCAAACGGGCAGCCCAGUAAUAUGCAUUUCAACUCGAGAACACCGCCCUGGCAACAGAACCGGUCAGCCUCGGGUUCUCAUCAGCAAUCUCUCGUCACUGUCCAGAAUAUCACUUGCAACUCCUUUGAUCGUGUUCCUCCUUUGCAUCACCACAUUCCACAAGCUUCUACCUGGACCGACGAGGUAGCGCGCAAGAAGGCGAAAUCCAGCAAAGUGAUGGUAAAGAAACAGCGUCAGCACAACGUUGCAGACGUUCGAAAUCAAAACAGCGUCGAUCAAUCGGCGUCCAGUCCGAUCGACGAGUUCAACGAGAAAAAUCAACAGAAUAGUAAUCAAAUAGGCUCAACUGUGAACAGCAGUGGUCCGUCGUUUUUGGAAGAUCCGAGCGGUUACCUCGCGCAACAGACCGCUCUGUUGAACAGCACGAUAUCGAGGCAGACCGGUGUCAGUAGUUCUCAAGUGGGAAUAGUUAAUAACUCGAAAGCACCUCAGACGAAUCACGGUUCGCACUUGCCUAACAACACUUAUCUUCCGCAACCAAAGCCUUCCUCUGGCGUCAGCCCCACGAGCACAUCGACGUUCAACUCGGUAAAGAACCACGCGACCUCGCCCGUUGUCGUGCACAGUAGCAUGACGCCGACGUCGAGCAGCGGUGGAACCGAUUCGGAGAGCAGUCCGUGUCAGGGUUGUGUCACCAGCGCUGACACACAGUCGUACGUGCAGGAUCAGUAUAAACAACAGAUGCAACGCCAGUAUCUGAUGCAUUCAGAUCAACGCGACGAUCCUGUCACGUCGUCUACGUUCGGCGAACAGUAUCAGACUAAUCAACAACAGAGCGAUUCGCGACCGAUUCAAGGUGGUACCGUGAGUACCAGUCACGGAUCACCGAUCGGCACGAACAGUCCAGCGAAUUCGGACACCCCAGCCUCGUCGACACCUGGAAUAUCGCAACCGGCGACACCUCAAAGUCUCAUCUCGUCUCAACCAUCGACACCGCAUAGUUACUCGCAACCGCCAACACCUCAUUCGCAUUCUACAUCUGGUCAGAUGCUAUCUCAACCAUUAACGCCUCAGGCUCAGCAACCGUCGCAGUCCUCGAUGAGCAGCGCUGCACAGGAGCAACGUUCUGAAACGCCUUGCUCCGCUACAACGAGUUCAAACGUAGUUCCUUCUAGUACACAGUCCUCUCAAACAUCCACCUCUGCUUCGGACAACGUGACGUCGCAAAUGACGAAAAGACAGACCACGAGGCAGUCGUCUUUGGACGGUUACCAGCCACAUCCCCACACCGUCAACGCUGUCUCGAGAGUGCCGAUAAAUCAUUUUAUCGGUACGUCGUCGGUGAUAACUACAAUGGCGAGUGGACAUACCGUCAGCAGUAACACUAUCACGUCUGUAUUAGCUGGAAGAGCGAAUACCGCCACGGUGUCGAUAAACACACCUUCCGGAAUACCGAAUCCCGCCAUACCUGAUCUACUGUCGAACAAACCUCAGCAUCAAGCGCCUUCGACUACUCUACAAUCCACUUCGUCACUUCCAACCAGUCAACCGUCAAUAGCGAUAAGUGUUUCGAAGUCACCGUUAGAGAUGGUCCAAAGUGUCGUUAGUAGCAUACAGGUGCCGCAGGCUAGCACUAGUUCACCAGUGCAACACCAGAAUCAGCAACAGCAACAACAACCGACCCAACAGCAUCCUCCAUCGAACGUUCAAGUUCACAACGUGCUUACGUCUGGUGGAAUAUUGAAACAUCCUGCUGGAUCGACCUUACCACCUGGUCAUAUACUAGUGUCGAACGGUGGUCAGCUUAUAAUGGCUAGCACAGGAUCAGGGAUAAACGGCGUAAUGGCACCACCUCCGCCAAAAAUCAUCUCCAACUCUAACUCUAUGCCACCGUUGUCAGUGUCGCCUAUGGUUACCAGUGUGACAGGAGCUGUCAGUCAAGUUAUUCCUGCGGUAGGUGUAGCUCAGCAAGUGAUCGGGCAGCCCACGGUGCUUGUCAACACUAUUCAGACUCCUGUACUUAUACAGCCUGGCGUGAUGACGAUGGACAGCAUAAGCCAGAACGUUCAAAUACCGCAUCUGACUGUCGCGACUGGAAAUGUGAUACAAAAUGCUCAGUCGAUUCUGGAUGCCAAUCAGGAUGUUGCGAGAAACGCCGGCCAAGGAAUAGUGAAUCGCCAGCCAGCGUUACUGUCGCCGGAAUCUGCGAUGAGCAAGAAGAAAGCGUACAAGAAGCGAAAGGCGAACCCGCAGACAGUGGCGUCGAUGUUGCAUAUCGCCUCGUCCCAACAGAACGCCGGCAUGCUAAUGCAAUCGCAGUCGAACUUCGCGCAACAAAAUUUCCAAGCUCAGAGCAUUGGCGGACCGAUGUUGCAAGCGUUGACCAUCGUUCCGGGAAAAGGUGGAGCCCCAGCUCAGCUGGUGAUGAACGGGCAAACGGGCGCGACGUCGGCACAGUUUAAUGCUCAGCAAAUAAUCACGAAUCCUCAACCGGCGCAACAGAUAAAUCUUCUCCAGCCAGUGAACUUGUUGAACGGCGCUGCUGGAAUGGUUCAGAAUUUCCCUACCAUCCAGCAGUUCAUUGUUCCAGGUAUAGGGAGCAUGGUUAUGUCCGCGGACGGAACAGCUACAUUGCUGCAGGACACGGGAAACAUCGGUAUGCAACUGCAGAUACAAAACGUGAACGGUCAGAAUGUGUUAACUCCUGUGCAAAGUCACAGCGGAAUAUUCAAUCCGAGUCAAAGCAUCUUAGCAGCUGGUCCUGCUGGAAUGGUCAUACGAGCACCGCAAGCAACCGGUGGGAAAAUAAUUCAACAGCAUAGUCCAGGCGCACAAUUCCUCUCGCCGAACAGUGGCCAAUUCUUGGUGAACGGGACUACGUCGUUCGGGAAUCAGCUGAGUCCGAUAGUGGCGAAUGUUAGUCCGAAUCAGCAGGUGACUUUCAACGCGUCGCAAGUUCGACCGACGAACAUGCAAGGCCAACAGGAGUUCAUACAGAUGAACGGGCAGACGUUGAUGGUACCGUGCGGGACCGCGCAGAAUAUUGCCGUUUCGUCGGCUCCCAAUCAGCAAAAUACAACGUUCGUUCAGCAGAACACUACGAUCGUGCAACAGCAAACGACCAUGGUGUCCAAUAAUCAGAUACCUAAUUUUCAAGCUGCAGCUUCUAACGGAACCACCGUUGAUCCUUCGUUGAACAUCGAUCAUAAUCAGUCGUAUAUUUUGAGUUCUGGAAUGAUUCAAGGAAAGGCGCCUACAUCUCCGAAGAGCAGCGUGAAUUCGCCGUCUUCGGAGCACAAUGUCGAACAGCAACAAUACGUUCUUGCUAGCAGUAGCACGACUGUCGUGGAGAAAACAGCUCAGCAGAGUGACCAGCAUAGUCCCCUGAUGGCGAGACACUCCGUCUCCACGCAGACAGCUGGAAAUCAAGCGAACAUGGCUCAGUCAGCUAUGAUGAGGCAAGGAUCACCUCCAGAUACCACCACGCAUAGUCCAGGAAAUAGUCAGAGGUCGAACAGCCCUGCUGUGGACACCACGACGCAUGGAGCAGCAUCUCCGGCACCGCCGAUCACAGCUAGACAUCACUCGUCGUCCACGCCAAUGGUUCAUUGCGUGUCAAGUAGCGAACCGGACUCAGGCGAUGUGCCAGUGGCGUCGGAAGAUUGGAGAAUUCAGGGUAUCACCACGAAGGAAAUCACGCUUAGUCAGCCGGGUCUCCAUGGGAAAACUUAUGUGGAAUCGACGGUGACUACUGGGAUCCAGAUCUAUACGUCAGAGACGUUGAAGCAAGCGGAAGGUGUGGUGAGCACAGUGAGGUGCGAGGGCAGGGAACAUGCCCUCGGCCGCGGAAUCAAGCGAAAGCUGGACUCCAUCCAUUCCAUGCAUUCUACCCUGCAUGAAGACCAAGAUGUAGCCGAGACAAAGUCGGAGGAGAAGAGCCAGAGGAAACUGGAAGUGGGUGAGCUAGUAUGGGGCGCCGCAAGAGGAAGUCCGGCCUGGCCGGGCAAGGUCGAGUCUUUGGGCCCGCCGGGCACCAUGACGGUCUGGGUCCGUUGGUACGGGGGCGGGGGCGGUCGGAGCCAGGUCGAGGUCAAGGCUCUCAAGUCCCUCUCCGAAGGCCUCGAGGCGCACCACCGUGCGCGAAAGAAAUUUAGGAAAAGUCGUAAAUUGAACAUGCAGCUGGAGAACGCCAUACAGGAAGCGAUGGCGGAACUGGACAAGGUCACGGAAUCCAGCAAGGAUCAGAAAGCAACCGGCAGGUCUUGCAAAGUGACCGGAAGCAAGGGAUCGGAGAGCGGCGGGGCUUCGAGGCAAGAGGGAGGAAAGAGGUCGUCGAAGAAGGCUGUUGGAUCUUUGAACCCUGUCGCGGCACAGCAGAAACAGUGUCGGUGAUCCGUGUCGAUCGAUCCUCUAAUAAACCAGCUUAAAUCA